AGCAUCCUGGACUAAUGGAUAAACUGAAAAGUUGUAGAGAACGUUACAAAAAACCUAAAAAUGUAUUAACACAAUCUAAAUUAUGUCACAUGACAAGUCAAGCAUAUAAUCCAAUUUCGACAAAAUUGUCCAAGGAAAAGAUUACGGAUUUAGUAUUCAACUAUAUUUUACAAGAAAUGCGACCACUGUCAACAUGUGAAAAGCCAGCAUUCAAAAAUUUAAUUAAAGGUCUAACAAAUAAUGAAGAAAUAUACAUACCGGAUCACCGUGUAAUCGGUGCAAAACUUAAUGAAGAUUAUAAAACUUAUGUAACUAAAUUAACUGAGCAGAUUUCAAUGAAAUCUUAUAUAUGCACCACAGCUGAUAUAUGGAGCUGUAAUAAUAAAAGUUAUUUUGGCAUGACAGUUCAUUUCAUCGACGAAACUACAUUCAAAAGAUCUUCUUAUGCUCUUGCUUGUCGACGUAUACAAGGUAGUCACAAUUACAUAAAUAUUGCAAAGACCAUCACUGAUAUAUUAAAUAAUUUUUACAUAAAUGUGACAAAAAUAUCGCACACAGUCACUGACAACGCCUCUAACUUUGGAAAAGCUUUUCGGGUUUAUAACCAACAAUAUAUUGCUUCAAAUGUAACCACAGAUACAACAAAUGACACAAAUGAUUUAAAUACUUCUAUUGACGUUGAUGUAACUGAUAUGUCAUCUAUUAUUGACGAUAUUCAAAAAUAUAUUUCAAAUGAACAUAUAGAUGAUGAUGAAGAACUUAUUCUCCUGCCAAAUCAUAUGACUUGCUCCGCACACACAUUAAACUUAAUUGCAACAAUAGACACAACAAAUAUUACAGAACAAAAGUAUCGAACAAUUUCAAGAAGUACUUUUGGAAAGAUAAAUGCUUUUUGGAAUAUUUUAAGCAGAAGUUCAACUGCUUCUGAUAAAGUGUUUAAAAAUGUAAUUGUAAAUUUCCUGUGCCGGUAGUAACACGUUGGAAUUCAUUUUUUGAUGCAAUUCAAAAACUUGUUCUUCAUCAAACUAAUGUCACCGAAGCAAUUAAUGAACUAAAAUUAACAAAAUUAAAAAGUACUGAAUGGUCAUUUUUACAAGAAUAUUGUCAAGUUGUAGAACCAUUAGCGACUUCAUUAGAUAAACUUCAAGGCGAGGAUUCAUGUUUUUUUGGGAUUUGUUGCUCCAACAAUAUUAUCAUUAAUGAACAAACUUAUGAAUACUUCCCACUUGGUUUAUUGUCAACCAUUAUGUUCAGUAAUUUCUAAAGGACUAGAAAAAAGAUUCAAAGCUGUAUUAGAUUUGAAUCUGCCUGAGAGCAAACCAUAUAUUUUAGCAUCUGUUAGCCAUCCAAAGUUUCGAUUAAACUGGGUUCCACCUAUUUUCAUACAAACUUGUAAAUCAUUAUUUUUGUCUGAAUGUAAUCUUGUUGGUUCAAUAAAUAGCUCACAGCUAAGCCAGUCUACCAAUUCGGAAGACAGCGAUGACUUUUUUGAAUGCAUUAUGCCAUCAUCUCAAUUGCCUGAUACCUACGGUAGCUGCAGUUUAUCAGCAAAUGUUCAAGCGCUAACUUUUUAGACAUUAAAAAAAAGAAACAAAAAUCUGCAUAUAUUGAAUCAGUAUCCAAUUGUGAAACAAGUUUUUCUCAAAUACAAUACGACUUUACCUUCCUCAGCCCCAGUUGAGAGAUUAUUUAGUGCAGGCAGUCAAAUACUGACACCUCGAAGAAAUCGUCUAAAAGACAACACUUUUGAACAAUUACUAUGCUAAGAUCAACUAAAGAAUAGGUUAGGUUACUUAUUACUUAUAAUAUUAUAUUAACCACAAUA